AUGAGGAUCUUGUCAUGGAAUAUCAAUGGACUCGCCACUGUACUGCAUUACCACCCUUGGAAUGAGAAAAAGUCGUACGAGAGCAUGUUGAAUGCACUUGAAGCCGAUAUCAUAUGCUUGCAAGAGAUCAAAUGCCAGCGAAACAAGUUGACACGCGAUAUGGCGCUUGUACCAGGUUAUGAUGGCUACUUUACGUUUUCCAAGAUCAAGCUCGGAUACUCUGGUGUGGCCAUCUAUGUCAAGCAACCGUUGCGACCUUAUUGGACUGAAGAAGGGAUUACGGGCAUCUUGAAUACAACAAUACAUAGCAACAUAAGCAUGGAUGAUUUUCUUUCGACGCUGAGCACCGAAGCGCGUGAUUUGGAUGCCGAGGGUCGAUGCAUCAUUAUGUGUCUAGGCCAACUCGUAUUGAUCAAUGUGUAUCUUCCGAACGAAUCACGGGGACAAUUCAAAACUGACUACGAUGCCUGUGUACGAUGGCGGAUCGAUGACUUUAUACAACAAGGCAAACACGUCGUCUUGGUCGGUGAUAUCAACACCGUGCAUGAGGAAAUCGACCAUUGUGAUCCUGCCAAUGCUAUCAAAAAGCGCGAGCUUAAGCAUUUCAACGACCUGCCCUUUCGUGGAUGGAUUGAUCAAUUGAUUGCACCCAAAGGACCUAUGCUUGACCUCUGUCGGAAAUACCAUCCCGAUCGGAAAGGCAUGUUCACUUGUUGGAACACAAGACUCAAUUCAAGACCCGCCAACUUUGGUGUCAGGAUUGAUUAUGUGCUUGCAUCUUGUGGAUUGGAACAAGAGUUUACUUUUGCCGAUAUCCGGAAUGAUAUAAUGGGCUCAGACCAUUGUCCUGUUUAUGCCGAUUUACGGGAUGAUUCGUGUGUCAUCUCAAACGCCUCAGAUUCGGAACCAUCGGCUAUUCUUGCUGCCAAUUUCGACGAGUUCUCUAAUAGACAAAAGAAGCUAUCCAUGUAUUUUGGAGCCAAAUCAACCACAACAACCACAACCACAGAUACCAGCAGCACUAACAAUAUCCUUGCGUCACCACCAUCACAACCCACCAAGAGUUCAAUUGGAGCAAGUACAACAACUCGACCUACUACUAUCCGCAGCAAACCCACGACAUCAUCAUCAUCGUCACCCAAGAAACGAAAGUCAAGCGUGAGCUCAACAUCAGGAUCUCAAAAAUUGCUCAAAUCAUACUUUACAUCCUCCAAUUCAGACAAAGAAUCCACGCCUAAUCCAUCCUCUCAAUCAACGCCAACAACAACAACAACAACAUCGGAUGACGCUAUUGACGAUGUCGUAGUAGAGGCCAACAACGACGAUGACAUUGAUAUGGAAGCAUUGAUGGCUGAAGCCAAAGAACGACAAGAUACCAAGGCAUCAUGGUCAUCUCUAUUUACUGCCAAACCACCCCCCAAAUGCCGUGUACAUCAAGAACCUUGCAAAUUGAUGGUCGUCAACAAAAAAGGACCUAAUCAGGGCCGUCAAUUUUAUUUGUGUUCCAGACCUCAUGGCCCUGAAAGCUCGACGGGUAAUGAAUAUCAAUGUAAUUUCUUUCAAUGGAAGACAGCAUCAUCAUCAUCAUCAUCACAAGAGAAAUCGAAUCGCAAUGGCAAAUAA